UGCGGUCUACUUUGUCUAUUCUUUCAACAUGGCCGAGAAGUAGCUUGGGUUACGUCCGCUAUAGUGCCAACGAAUAGUUUAUUUAUUUUAAUUAGCAUUGUUGUAAUCAUGUCUUUUUCCGAUUUAUAUGCUAAAUAUAAUUGUACUUAUUGUCAAGAAGAAAUUAAUGGAAUUCGUGUAAGAUGUGCCGAAUGCAUAGAUUUCGACAUUUGUUUGCAGUGUUUUUCCCUGGGAGCUGAAAUCGGAUCUCAUAAAAAUGACCACUCUUAUCAAUUUAUGGACUCUGGAGCAUUUGGAAUAUUUUUGGGGCGCAGCAGUUGGUCAGCUAAUGAAGAAGUUAGACUUCUGGAUGCAAUGGAACAGUUUGGUUUUGGGAAUUGGGAAGACAUAGCCAAACAUAUAGAAACUCGGACACCCGAAGAGGCCAAAGAUGAAUAUAUCACUAGGUAUUUAGAAGGCAGCAUAGGACGAGCAACUUGGUGCAAUGUGGAGAGUACAUCCCGACCAUCCCUGCACUGUGCAGACCGGGAUGAGGGACCGCUAGGACCCAGUGCGGUUUCUCGCUUACCUCACCUUGCUGUUACAGGAGAUGAGGCUUCACAGCUAGGGUAUAUGCCAAACAGAGAUGACUUUGAAAGGGAACAUGAUCAUGAAGCCGAACAGUUGAUCUCCACACUAUCUUUGAACCCUGAAGAUGAUGAGUUAGAUGUUGCAUUAAAGUUGUCACAAGUAGAUAUAUACACCAGACGCCUAAGAGAAAGAACGAGAAGAAAAAGGCUGGUCCGAGAUUACCAACUCGUGUCUGUGUUUUUCAACAAUCAGAGAAACAAACAGAAACUACUAGGAAAACUUGCCAAAGAGAAAAAGGAAUUCACUGACCGUUUGCGCUGGACGGCGCAGUUCUACGGGCGUGCCGAGCAGGCUGGCGUCGUCGCGGGCUUGUGGAGGGAGCGCGAGCUGCGGGUGCGGCUGGCGGAGCUUCACCGCUACCGGCUGGCGGGCGUCACCAGGCUGGAGGAGUGUGCGCAUUAUGAGCAACACGCCGCGCAGAGGAAACACCCGCACCACUCACACAUCGACGUGAGACCUCGCCUCCUGGGCAGCAGUGGGUGCCUGGACACCAACCAGACAAAAGACCAAACUCAGAACAGCACGCCGCAGCAAAGAAAAAGAGACGGAGAAAGCGGCUCAAGUUCCACCAGCCCAAGGUGCACACGGGACGGAAGUACCGCAUGUGGAUGCUCCAGAAAGAGCUCAUGCAGCAGCGGCGGCUGCUCGAGGCAGCUGCUGACAACUAACGAGAUACAGCUUUGCUCGUCCCUAAGCUUGGCGCCCGCGCAGUACGUGACGAUGAAGGGCGUGCUGCUGCGCCGGCCGCCUGCGCCCGACUGCGACGUGGACCUCACCAUCCGCCACUACCUGCACUCUGCCGGCUGGAUACGUAACUAGCGAUCACUUUCUUUUGUUUCGGAACUUAUGGUUCAGGAUUUCAGGUAGCCACCAUAGAUACGAGUACAUCUAGACAUUUCUAGAUGUAUCUAUAAUGUAUUAAAUUCGUCUUCAUUACUAGCAAUGAAGCUAUAAUUUUUUCCCAUAAUACAUCAUAGUUUCAGGUAUACAAAGUUAAAGGAUACUUUAUGCUAAAGUAUGUUUUGUGUCUUUCUGUCAAUGUCAAGUAUUAUAAAGUGCGAUAGAACAAAUCUUUUGUUAUUUGGUGCUGCAAUGGCAAAAAAUAUAAUUCGUUAAAAUCGUCUUUAUAAAGACAGACUGUAGUUACACAAAUUUUCCACCAUACCAGCGUCAUGGUGGUAUCUAUAUGUAUAAACAAAAGUUCCAUGAAUAUAAUAUACCUACAUUAUAUUUUAAAAAAGUAGCACCAAAAUGCUGCAGUAAUUUUAUACUACUGAACCAUUAAGUUCCGAUAUUAGUUAGUCCUUUAGAACAUUUGGUGCUUUGACUAUAACAGCUUGUACAAGAAUUAAACAUAUAAUAGAAUAGAAAUUUUAUUUUUUAAGUAUUCAUUUUGCAUGUCUUUCUUGUAUAAGUUGCUUUUAGUCUGCUAAAAAAAUAUGUCGAUUUUAAUAGCAGCGUUUUUAAAAUAGGAAACUAGUCUUAAAUGGUAAUUAAUGUUGUCAUCUCCAUGUGUCUUGAUGCAUAAUUGAUUUUUACAAUUUUAUAAUAGUGUUUAGAUCUUCAAUCAUAUUAUCUAUCAUCUGUGGAGUGAUUAACGCUGGCUUAAUAUUCACAACGAAUUUGUUGUGCACUACCUUGUAUUUAUAAUGUUAUGAAAAGUUUGUGAUCGUUACGUUAUAUAUUCAAGCUGUUAAAUAACUAUGUUUAAAAUAAAUGGUUGUGUGUAUUUAUGACCCAUCGCUAACUAUUGUGAACCUAAGCUCAAGUGGCGUCCAUGCAACGGCAUUAAAACCUUUUUAGAAAUAAAAUUUAUGGUAGUUCCGUACUGCCUGUCUCAUGUUAUUGAAAAGUCUGCAUAGAGAAUAAAAUUAUCCAGCACAAAUAUUCCAUUAGCAUAGCGAUUUGGUCACCAAUAAGUUUGAAAAAUACCAUUCUAGCAAGAGGGCAGCCAUUACUUGAGGCUUUGUUUGCAUAAAGUUCUGACACUUUCUCCCCCUCUAGUUAAGUGGCAUGCAUUCCCUCAAUAUCACAUGACAUCUUUCAUUUGUCUUAUCUCGAUUUAUUCUAAAAUGAAAAAAAUAAUUAGCUCAAUAAUUUAAGUGUUUAGCCAUAUUUUAAUGAAGAAUCAUGUUUAACUUUAAAUUUUCUCGUAAAAUUCUCGUCAUAUUUUCCGAAACCCCCUAUCUCCCCAAGAUAAGAGAGAAUUGGCUCGGCCCUCUGUCCCUUGAUCUGGACGCCUCAUGUAAUUUAUGGAGCCCCCCCAAUCGGGUAAACUUCGCGCGUACCUGAAUAGUAAAAUUAACAUCAUAUAUGUAACAACAAUAUUAGAAUAAGAUCAACAUAAUGGGCUAACGCUAGCGAAUACGCCGCUAGGGGCGCUUUGGUUGUGAAAGGUCAGUUUUCAAACAAAAUGUUGACGUUAUAAUUGUCACUCGCACAUGCGCACACUACAAACGUAUAAAUCCUACCGGCGAAUUCGCUGACAUUAGUCUACAUUACACGUUAAGUGACAUUAUUAUAUUAAUUUAAUCUUUCCAACAAUCUCCAAAAUGUAUAUGGUAUAGAAAAAUCUGAUUUCUAUGACUCAGUAUUUUUGUUUUUGUUGUAUAUUUAACGGUUCAUUCAUUCCUUAAUUUUUCAUAGCUAACAGAGGAAUAUAUUUUUGCAUCAAAAUAGACUGCUGUUAUCAUAUAUGAGUCCUAUAUGAUGUGUCUUAGGACACAAGAUUACCUGUAUAUUAGAAAUUAGUGCGAUUUUAAAAUAAGCCCGAUGUUACUCUUUCUUAGUUAUUGUAGCAAGGCUGUGCAAGUUACUAGAGUUUUUACAUACAUUUAUGUAUCAUUAUUCUGUAAUAGGUAUAAUUUUCUUUGCAAAAGUGUUUAGGUAGAUAAAAAUUAUAAUAUGUUAGGGGAAGCACAAGUAUUAACUUAGCAAUCGGGAUAUUUAUUUGCAACUUUAUUAUGAUCUCUGUAUGUAUAAUUGGGUAAUUUUCUGCAUUUUUGUAUAUUAUUUAUUUUGGGUGGACCCUUUUUCCAAUUAGUUAGUGGUUGAUUAUAUCAUUCAUGCAAGGUAGUUCGUAUCGGGUAAUAGUUACUUUAUAUUUAUAAAUGAUAAAUGAAGUAGUCACCUGUUUGAUUAAAUUAUCGUAGUUAUUUAUGUGUACUUAUUGAACAGCCAGUGGCGAAUUUUAUUUCCAUAUAAGGGGCAAUGCCCUAGGAUAGCAGACACGAUAGGGUUUUAUAUAUCUGUAUUGCCUUUUGCAAGUAAAUAAAAGUGUCGAAAUCGCCAACCACGCAGUACUUACGAUGUUAUCGUAUGUAAUUAUUGUAUCUUAACAAACAAGUGUGAAUGAAUUUUAAUUGCCUAUAUAAUUAGCUGGUAUUGGUUCUAUGGACAACGAAAUUAUACGAAUCUACAGAAAACAAAACUGAAUAAGAACACAUUAAGACUCGUCUGCACAGAUGUCGAUCUUUCAACGUAGCACCCUCGAAAACACACAAAUGUGAUCACUGUGUUUGUUCAAUUUUGAGUUCCAAAAACUAAAUGAAUGGCACUUGCAAUCUUAGUUUAGUAGCCAUAUUCCAAUCGUAGGUUUACUUGGCUCAAAUGUACAUAGUUUUAAAAGUACAAUCUAAAUUGUAAUUAUUAUGUAAUAGUACUAUUUUAAGGAAAUAAAUGCAUUUUAAGAUAA